AUGACCUCAAAAAGCGCCUCCACAAUCCCAAAAGAUGUAAUCAUCAUCGGCGGCUCCCUCUCCUCCCUCAUGAACGCCCUCACCCUCCACAGCCUCGGCUGCUCCGUCCUCAUCCUCGAGAAAUCACCCACCCACACGCCCCCCUCGCACAUGGCCGGCAUCGCCAUCGGCCCGGACGUGCUAACCCUCCUAUCUCGCUUCGACCGAGCAGCCCACAUCCCCCUCGGUAUUCCCUCGCAGGCUCUGCAGUCUCCAGACACGAAUGGCUGCCUCCGUCCAUUUCUUAGACUUCCGCGUCUUAUGACGUCCUGGGAUGCGUUGUAUUUUCGACUUCGCGCGAACUUUGACGGGUUGCGGAGUGGGUAUGUAGUUGAUCCGCCGGGGCCGGAAGCUCAAGGGGGAGAGGGGGUGGAGAGUGCGCGGAACAGGGCGAGGUAUGAGAUUGGGAAGAGGGUUGUUGGGGUUGAGAAUGCUAAGGAUGGUACCGGAAGAGUCUGCGUUACUGUGCAGGAUAGCUGUUGCGAGGGACAGGGAGAGGAAGCAGAGAUACAGCAUGAGUAUACACUUACAGCGGAUCUAGUUCUCGGUGCAGACGGGGCGAACUCGAUCGUGCGCAACACCUUUCUAGGACCGAGGGACCCGGAGCGACGAUAUGCAGGCUAUCUUGCGUGGCGGGGCGUCGUGCCUGAGAAUCAGGUCAGCGAGACGACCAGGAGCUUGUUUUCACAUAAUAUCACGUACUCAUUCGCCGCCAAGGGAGCGCAUGCUAUUGUGUACUACAUCCCCGGCCCAACAGGCUCUAUAGAACCUGGAUCUCGCCUCUUGAACUUCUGCCUGUACACCAACGAGCCCCCAUCGUCCCUGGAUGCCAUCAUGACUGACACCUGUGGCACUCGACACCGUGUCUCCGUGGCCCCGGAGCACCUGAAUCCAUCCAUCUGGGCCCAUCGACGGUCUAAAGUAAGGACAUCCCUCCCCGCGCCCUUCAUCGAGAUCAUGAAUCAGAUCACCUCCCCGUUCGUGCAUCUCAUCACGGACUUCUAUUCCCCUCGGGCUGCGUUCCUGGACGGCAAGGUGCUAUUGGUAGGCGAUGCGUCGGCGCUGCUGAGGCCGCAUAAUGCGUACGCGGCGAGUCAGGCGGCGAGGCAGGCGGGGAUCACGGAGAGGUUGGUGAAGGGGGAGAUUGGGUGGAGGGAGUGGGAGGAGAGGGUUACGAGAGGGACGUAUCUGCAUUGGAGGCAGAGUGUGUGGUUUGGGGAGUUUUAUCAACGUGGGUGGUUGGGGGGGUUAGGGAGUGCGGUGCGGUAUUGGUUGGUGGUGGGAGGGGAGAUGUUGAGGGGAUGGAUGGGCUGGAUUUCGGGGUACGAUGUUUGA